UUAGUAGCUACAAAACAGAGUAAGCAAGUGUUUGAAAGUGUUUAUAUAUUUAACUCUUCCACACUGUUUUUGGAUUUGGUGGGCAACUUAUACUUACACCAAUCCUAUUUCUGGACCCAAAAAAAUCCUAUCUUUCUUUCUUUCUUUGGAAGAGAAGGAAAAGUGAGUAAGAUGGGGGAGAAACCUGAAGUGUUAGAUGCUGUGUUAAAGGAAACUGUUGAUUUGGAGAAUAUACCCAUUGAAGAAGUUUUUGAGAAUUUGAGAUGUACCAAAGAUGGUCUUACUAGUACUGCUGCCCAAGAAAGGUUGGCAAUUUUUGGGUACAACAAACUUGAGGAGAAAAAGGAGAGCAAAUUCUUGAAAUUUCUGGGGUUUAUGUGGAACCCACUAUCAUGGGUUAUGGAAGCUGCUGCUAUUAUGGCAAUUGCUCUUGCAAAUGGAGGAGGAAAGCCUCCGGAUUGGCAAGAUUUUGUGGGGAUCAUUACUUUACUUUUGAUUAACUCAACAAUUAGUUUUAUUGAGGAGAACAAUGCUGGCAAUGCAGCAGCUGCUCUCAUGGCUCGGCUCGCUCCUAAAGCCAAGGUUCUUCGAGAUGGAAAAUGGAAUGAAGAAGAUGCUGCUGUUCUUGUCCCUGGUGACAUAAUCAGUAUUAAACUGGGAGAUAUUAUUCCUGCAGAUGCUCGUCUUCUUGAAGGUGAUCCGCUGAAAAUUGACCAGUCUGCUUUGACUGGUGAAUCACUUCCUGUAACUAAAGGUCCUGGAGAUGGUGUCUACUCGGGUUCCACCUGUAAGCAGGGAGAGAUAGAAGCUGUCGUCAUCGCUACUGGAGUUCAUACCUUUUUUGGGAAGGCUGCUCACCUUGUUGACAGUACAAACCAAGUGGGACACUUCCAAAAGGUUUUGACUGCUAUUGGAAACUUCUGCAUCUGUUCUAUUGCAGUGGGGAUGAUAAUAGAGAUUAUUGUGAUGUACCCAAUUCAACACCGCAAAUAUCGUCCUGGGAUUGACAAUCUUCUUGUCCUGCUCAUUGGUGGAAUUCCAAUUGCCAUGCCAACUGUUCUUUCAGUCACAAUGGCAAUUGGUUCUCAUCGUCUCGCUCAACAGGGUGCAAUUACGAAAAGAAUGACAGCAAUUGAGGAGAUGGCUGGCAUGGAUGUGCUUUGUAGUGACAAGACGGGAACCUUGACACUAAACAAGCUUACUGUUGACAAAAACCUUGUUGAGGUUUUUGCCAAAGGUGUUGAUGCAGACACUGUUGUUCUGAUGGCAGCUCGAGCUUCUCGAACAGAGAACCAGGAUGCCAUUGAUACUGCUAUUGUUGGGAUGCUGUCUGAUCCAAAGGAGGCACGUGCUGGCAUUCGUGAAAUACACUUUCUUCCUUUCAAUCCAACUGACAAGCGAACAGCACUUACUUAUCUUGAUGGUGAAGGAAAAAUGCACAGGGUCAGCAAAGGGGCACCAGAGCAGAUCCUAAAUCUUGCACACAACAAGUCAGACAUAGAACGUAGAGUUCAUGCGGUAAUUGAUAAAUUUGCUGAGAGGGGCCUGCGUUCACUUGGUGUAGCAUACCAGGAAGUUCCAGAGGGAAGGAAGGAGAGCCCUGGAGGACCAUGGCAAUUCAUUGGUCUUCUGCCUUUGUUUGAUCCACCAAGACAUGAUAGUGCUGAGACUAUAAGGAGGGCUUUGAAUCUUGGAGUGAAUGUUAAAAUGAUCACAGGGGAUCAACUUGCUAUAGGAAAAGAAACAGGGCGUCGCCUGGGAAUGGGAACCAACAUGUAUCCUUCAUCUGCUCUGUUGGGGCAGACUAAGGAUGAAUCAAUUGCUUCUUUACCAAUUGAUGAAUUGAUAGAAAAGGCUGAUGGUUUUGCUGGAGUUUUCCCUGGUAUGUACAUUUCAGAAAGUUAUUGUUUCUCUAAUUUUGGUUAUUCACUAGGGCACUUGUUUAUCAGAGUGUAUGUCGUUUACUCAUACCUUGUCUUGUUCAUUCCUUUAGAGCACAAAUAUGAGAUAGUAAAGCGCUUGCAAGCUAGGAAGCAUAUUUGUGGAAUGACUGGUGAUGGAGUCAAUGAUGCUCCUGCUUUAAAGAAAGCCGAUAUUGGGAUAGCUGUUGAUGAUGCCACUGAUGCUGCUCGUAGUGCUUCUGAUAUUGUUCUUACUGAACCUGGUCUCAGUGUCAUCAUUAGUGCUGUUUUGACUAGUCGAGCAAUCUUCCAAAGGAUGAAAAACUACACGAUAUACGCAGUUUCCAUCACAAUCCGUAUUGUGCUUGGUUUUAUGCUUCUGGCCCUUAUCUGGAAGUUUGACUUUCCACCUUUCAUGGUGCUUAUCAUUGCAAUCCUCAAUGACGGUACCAUUAUGACAAUAUCAAAGGAUAGGGUCAAACCAUCUCCUCUGCCUGAUAGUUGGAAGCUGGCUGAGAUUUUCACUACUGGGGUGGUUCUUGGUGGUUACUUGGCAAUGAUGACGGUCAUUUUCUUUUGGGCAGCAUAUGAGACAGAUUUCUUCCCGCGUGUAUUUGGGGUAUCAACACUUCAGAAGACAGCAACUGACGACUUCAGGAAACUUGCAUCAGCAAUUUACCUUCAAGUGAGCACUAUCAGUCAGGCCUUGAUAUUUGUCACAAGAUCUAGAAGUUGGUCGUUUGUUGAGCGUCCUGGUUUGUUGCUUGUGAUUGCUUUUCUGAUUGCUCAACUGGUUGCCACCUUGAUUGCUGUUUAUGCAAGUUGGAGCUUUGCUGCAAUCGAAGGAAUUGGCUGGGGUUGGGCAGGAGUUAUCUGGCUCUACAAUUUAGUAUUCUACUUCCCGCUUGAUAUCAUCAAAUUCUUGAUCAGAUAUGCUCUCAGUGGAAGGGCCUGGGAUCUUGUUCUUGAGCAAAGGAUCGCUUUCACCAGGAAGAAGGAUUUCGGAAAAGAACAACGUGAGCUUCAAUGGGCACACGCACAGAGGACCCUUCAUGGGCUGCAAGUUCCUGACACCAAAUUGUUUAGUGAAGCUACCAAUUUCAAUGAGCUUAAUCAGUUGGCUGAGGAAGCAAAGAGAAGAGCUGAAAUCGCUAGGCAACGUGAGCUGCACACACUUAAAGGUCACGUGGAAUCAGUCGUGAAGUUGAAGGGUCUUGACAUAGAGACAAUUCAGCAAUCAUACACUGUUUGAUGGGAGAGUGAGCAUGUUUGACUAGCGUUACUUAACCGGUGAGUUGGUGAUAGAAUGAAGACAUAAUGAGUGUGAGUUACCUCUGGAGCAACAAGUUCAUAGUAGUAACGUCUUCAGCGCUUAAAAGUGCCUUAUAUAUUCUAUACAUUUUUUUCCUUCGAAUUUUUGUUUUUUCUUUUCUUGCUUUCAAGACUUGACUCCAUUAUAUAUGUGACAAUUGACCAAGAAUGAAUAUUUCAGCUAUAACAGCAUUCAUCGUCUA